UUCACCUCCUGCCAAGACGCGAGGCUGCUGGAACGUCUGACGUUUGCGUCGCCGCUCGCUGAUUCACAGGUGAUCUUCACGGGGACUGCAACACCCAACUUGCCAGCGCACACUACAUAUACUGUAUACGUAUUUUGGAAGGACAGGAGUUUCGGGGCUACCAUUGCGUCGCCAGCUAGCUUUCUCGGCUCUCGAGAGAUUGGUUUUGCCCUGACAGGCGGCCUCAGCGCAACGAUGGAAGGAACAGGAUAUCGAGACUCGCGAAAUGCCAGCAGCAGCGACGACCGCUUCUGGGACAAUGACAGAACCUCAGAGCGGACACCGUUACGACCCGGCCGGGACGAUCGACAAGCACUCCCGUCGCAAAAGCAUCACCCACAACAAUACCCGCCGCCGUACUCAGCGGUCCUAGCGGAAGAUGCUCAGUUGACUAGUCUACCUUCACAACAAAGCCGGGCACCUCGAACCAACUUGAUAGGAUGGCUGGUAUGGAUUGCUGCUUUUGUAGGGGCAACUAUCACUGCGAUAUGUAUUCCCCGACCUGGCAGCCAUGAUGUUCUGCUUGUGGCUGGAAGCAGGAAGCUUGUGGAGCUGCCUACCAAAUGGUUUCGGGAAGUCGAAAUUGCUGGCUCCUCACAUGUCGAUACCUAUCUCUUUGACGAGGAGCCUCCUCUCACUGAUGUCAUACAGUUGUCCAAAAAGAUUGAUAUUGACAUCAACCGAGGAUCGUACCACUUUGUGCGUUACGACCUGCACCCCGAUUCCAAUGUCGAGGUCAAAUGGAGCUUUCAGAAGUUCGACCAUAUUCCGACGUUCGGAGUCAUCAAAGGCGAAUCUCGAUUCGCAGAAUGGGUGGCAGGGAAUGACGUUCCAUUAUUCUACGACCGCACCGCCGCGUCUGGAACCUUCACCCUUCGAAUUUUAAAGACGUCGGCGUACUACUUCAUGUUCUUCGCUCAACAGUCGUGGGACAAUGCUUCUGGAUGGGCGACUCUCAAUGUGAACGCAACUACGUAUACUCUGGAAGGGUCGAUUGAUAGCUGUCCGAUCGGGGAGCAGCUCUCGUGCUCCCUGGAUCUCGCAGCCGGGAAACAUGCAUAUCUCCUGCUUGUCCCGCCUAUGGACGGCGACUCGUACAACCUGACGUACCGCACGCUCGGCAGAUCCGAGGUGUACACAAACCUUUGGCUCUCGGUGGGGGCGGUCGCAUUGUUUUGCGGGGUAUUGACGGCCCUUUUGUCCUGGGUGCCAUUGAAGGGUGUGUUGCGGAAGUGCCGGGGGUACGAGCCGAUCGCGGCUGACGCAGAACCACCUGCAGACGGGAGUUUGGCAUCGCCGCGUUCGGAAAACGUUCCUCUUGGUACGUCUCCUCUACCCGGUCCCUGAUAAUGUCGUUAGCCAGCUUGAUGUUAAAGCGGGUUUUUUUCAAUAGAAAAUGUAAACACAACAGAGGG